GGGGCUGCACCAAUGUCCUUCAUGCCGCAUGUGGACGCUCUGGUGUCUCGCGGUGUCCGCGCGGUUGUCAACCUGUGCGACGAGUACGCGGGCCCCGAGAAGCAGUACAAGCGCCAGCACAUCCAGCAGCUGCGUCUCCCGACGGUGGACCAUUGCGAGCCGUCCUUGGCGGCGCUGGAGGCGGCUGUGGCCUUCAUCCGCACGCAGAAGCAGCGAGGGGUCCGGACCUACGUGCACUGCAAAGGGGGCACGGGUCGUAGUGCUGCGGUCGCUUUCUGCUGGCUGGUGGCCAACCGGGGCAUGACCCCACGGGAGGCUCAGGACUACCUCAACGAGAAGCGUCACGUACGCAAGUCGCUCUACCUGCAGCCUAAUGUGCUGGCGUUCUGCAACAAGAUCCAGACUCCUAAGGUGUCGGACUCAAAGGCGUCGGAAGGAGGAGACGCGGACGAGUGAGGCAGAUACAGUAAAGGUAGAGUUAAAGACCGGGAAGGUACAACACGGUUGUUUCUUGCUACAACGUAGCCAUGAUGCUCAAAAUGCAGUGGCGGGCUCUUGCUUCGACUCCUUCGGCGUCUUGGGGGCGACGUCCUCCACGUCGAACGUCAUGAAGCCUUUCUUGUGCAUGCGGUCGGCCAGUUUGCGGCCGAAAGCGAACGCGGGCGUGUAGAAGCCGCCGGUGACCGCUGGAGUAUCACUUGGGUCGUCGCUGCCGUCACGCAGCUCGCCCUUGACCAGACACAAGGCGCACUCCGUGAUCAUCCGCAUCGUCAUCCAGUAGCCGGGGUCCCCCUUGCCCACUGCCUUCAGCGUUGCUGCCAGCUCGCCGUCCUCCGUGAACCCAUUGCCAUCGACUAUGAAGUAGCCAUUAAGCAGCAUGUCUUCGGUCGGACCUUCACCCGGAGCAGGGGCCAGCUUCUGCAGCAACUUGCGCGUCCACUUGAAGUAGAGCAUGCCCGAAAGCACCAUAGAGACAGCAGUGAUCAACGCCUGGGUGAGCACUCCACCUGUCGCGAACCUCUCGCUGUAGAUGAAGCGUGGGCCGUAGAGGUUCUUGA